AUGGCGACUGAGAUUGUCCAUACUAUUGAGAUAUCUCUAGUGGACAUUUCCACAAAAUCAGUGACUUUGGGUCCUCAGAUAGCUACCAUUGUCCGGAAAAUUCCGGGCGUCCUGUUUAAGGUGAAUGACCUCGGAAGUAAAUAUAUUUCCCAAUUAGGAAAAGUUCAGGACGAGUUCAAUUAA